AGUUGGUUAACACGUGUCAAGUUUCUUUGCCUCGUCGGACCGCUCUCCUGCUAAACCCUCGCAAAAAAAAAACCUUACUCAUCGUCAAUGCUACAUCAAUGGCGAUUUUCAGAUCAAUCGGAAAAACCCUAAUUUCUCGAAAUCGGAAGUUCAAUUCGAAUUAUCUCACUUCUUCUACAAUCUUCUUUACCCAACAUUUUUCGUCUUCCUCAUCUUCAACGAUUCCAUUGACGCCGUUUGAUCCUUUCGUCUAUUGCCGCCGCCGCCAUUUCCUUUCUCCAUUCUCUGCCGCCGCUAAUUUCUGUCCUCUUUUCCUCUCUUCACCUCCUUGUAAGCUUUCUCAGUCUGCAACUUCUCUACAUCUUCAAUCGGAUUUCCUUCUCGUUUUUCCUAGAGUUAGUUCUCUUAGAUUGCAAUUUCCGUACAAGUUGUGCUUCCAAUCGACACAUAGAUUGCAAAAUGAGAAGCAAUGGAAGGAGUCUCAGCUUGCUAAUGAAGUUAGGGAUAGUUUCCUCAAUUUGCCCAACUUGAUUUCAUUGAGUAGAAUGAUAUCCGGUCCAUUUCUCGCAUGGAUGAUUAUACAUGAUAUGUAUCUUCCUGCAUUUGUUGGGCUAGCUGUUUCUGGGGCAACUGAUUGGCUAGAUGGGUACAUGGCUAGGAGGAUGGGAAUAAAUUCAGUUGUUGGUUCUUACCUUGAUCCUCUUGCUGACAAGGUUCUUAUUGCAUUUGUUGCUCUGGCAAUGGUAGACAAGGGUCUUCUUCAUCCUGGACUAGUUUCCCUGGUUGUGCUGCGUGAUGUGGCCCUUGUUGGUGGUGCGGUAUAUAAAAGAGCUAGCAUUUUAGAGUGGAAGUGGUCAAGCUGGUAUGAAUUCUUCAACCUUGAUGGAUCGUGUCCUCAGAAAGUUGAGCCUCUUUUGAUAAGCAAGGUAAAUACAGUUUUGCAAUUGGCCCUAGUUGCUGCAGCUCUCCUUCAACCGGAUUUGGGUAAUGCGGAUACUCAAACAUAUAUUACUUACCUCAGCUGGCUAGUAGCCAUGACAACAGUAGGUUCAACUGCGGCCUAUGGAGCACAACACCUUAGGAGUGGAGCUACAUGGAAGAACAGACUCUAAUUGGAUACCGAGUACUUGCAAAAAAAGGAAAAAAAUUGCCUGCUACCAGAUUUGUUUCUUUCCUUUCCUUUUUGCCCCAUGAUAUGUCAAAGUAAUGUUCUGUUAUAUAUCUAAUAUCUGAUAGUCUGGGAGGUUAUAGUUUUUGUUGUACACUUAGAUUCUCACUCAAUUCUUAGGGAAUUGUUCAAUCAGGAAAUAAAAAGUUCUCUCUCGGAUUUUACGUCUCUGCUGA